AUGAAUCAAGAUACAAACAACAAUUUAAUACAAUUUGGAGGUAAAACCCCAAUUAAAUAUACAAAGAAUGAACAUAAUAACAGUAUAGUUUUACAAACCAAAACACAGCCAAUACAACUAACAUUCAAUAAUGUUAAUGUUAAAACAGACCAAGGAGAAUUUUUAGUAAAAGAAGCAACUGGUACAGUCAAACCAGGGAAAGUGGUUGCCUUGUUAGGACAAUCAGGAUGUGGUAAGACGACAUUAAUUAAUUCAAUUACAGGGUUAAUCGAUGAAAAUUUAAUAACAAAUGGUCAAAUUUUACUUAAUAAUGAUACAAUUAAUUCUGAUCACCAAUCAAAUUUAAUUGCAUAUUAUAAUCAAAAAACAAUUGGAUAUAAAAAUGUAACAGUAAUGACACAAUUUAAGUAUGCAGCAAGUCUUUAUAAUAAGAAUUCAGAAGAAGUGGCUAAUAAUAUUAUUAAUUAUUUGUGUUUAACAGAGGAGAAAGAAAAAGAAUUUGAAAAGUGUUCAACUGAUCAACAAGUAAAAAUAUUAAUAGCAAAAAAUUUAACUACACAAGCAUCUAUUUAUAUACUUGAUGAGCCAUUAACUGGUUUAGAUGUUUUUUCUACUGGUAAAAUAAUUUCUUUAAUUAAGGAGUUGUCUAAUCUUGGUAAAGCUGUUCUUUUAUCAGUUCAUGAACCAUCAGAAAGUUUAUUUAAUUUUUUUGAUGAGUUUAUUUUAAUGACUAAUGGAAGUAUUGUAUUUCAAGGAACUAAGGAAGAGGCAGUUAAGUAUUUUACCUCUAUAGGAUUUGUUAAAGAUAAUUUUUAUAUGCCAUAUUCAUAUUUCUUUUUACAAAUUAUCAAGCUAGAAAAAGAUUACUUAAACAGAUAUAGAAACGAAUCAAUAAUGAAAUAUAAUUUUUUAAUUGACAGUUGGAGAUCUAAUGCUAAAAAAAUAGAAAUUGAAUAUAAUGAACCUGUUAAUACAAUAAUUACAAAAUUUACAAUAUUUAUUAAAGGUUCUACUAUGUUAAUGAGUAAGAUAUUUAGUUUCUAUUUUCUUUUUAAUAUUGUUUUAAUAAUAAUUCCUAAUAUUUAUUUAAUCUAUAAAGCUUCAAAAUAUGAUAAUAAUGAUUUAAGUGAAAGUAAUAAUAUAUUAAAAGUUGUGAAAAUAUCUAAAGUGUGGAAAAUUAUACAUGAACACGUUUGUUAUAAAACUUAUAGUGAUUAUGAGCAAUUUUCUUCAUAUGAAACCUUAUGGAAUGAAAACCCUAUCUUUAUUAUAUGUGUGUUGUUAUUUUAUAGAUUUUUCUUGUUAAGUUUAUUUGAAUUUAGUUUGUUUUAUAAAUCAAUUGAAAACCACAGAGAUGAGUACAGAAAAAAAUAUUUUGGAGUUAUCGAUUAUUUACUUGCAAUUUAUAUGAUUUCAAUCAGAGAGUUUACUUUUAUGGUUAUUUGUGAUGUUGCUACCUUUAUUUAUUUUUCUAAUAAUCGGAAUAUGUUAAUUGUUUUUAUUAUUUUCUAUCUAUUAACAGCUAACUUCUUAUACUUAACUUGUUUAACUUUAUCAAUAUCAUUUAAUACGAUAAUUUUUUAUGUAUUAUCAGGAGUAAUCAAAUUUAUACUUUCAAAUAUUCUUAUUUACUAUAAUGGUGAAAUCAACUUGAAUAUUUGGUGUUUAAUUACUUCUACUGAUAAAUAUACUCUAGAUAACUCUCCAUUGUGCACAAAAAUUCGUCGACUAUUUGUACCAUUUAAUGUGUUCUUAAGUGCAAAUUUUACUAUAAAAAAUAUUCUUUGUGAUUUAUUAAUAUUACUUGUUCUUAAUUUACUUAUUAUAAUAUUAACUUUUUUCAAAUUAAGAAAGACUUUAAAUAUCAGCCUAGGAAAGUUUAAUUAA